GAAUACUUUUUCUUCUUCCUCCAAUGCUGUGGUGACCAUGUGCCACUUCAAACCAUCCUUUGAUGCAUUAGUGGCGGCUUUUUUAUAGUUUCUUUCUUCUCUUUCUCCCAUAUCAAAAUCACUAAAAAUGCCUUACUGUAUAAUAGCCAACUAGAUUUUCUUUUUACUAUUAGUAGCCCACCAUUUAAGGCUUUAAGCCCUUCCUCUCCCUCUCUCUCAAGAAUUAAUUUGUUCCCCAAAUCUUUUCUUGUGGUUGUGGACUUGUGGUAGGUAAUUGAUUUCCAAACUCCUAAAAUCUCACAAAAUUGGGGGAAAAAAUCCACUAAUAAGUAAUAACCUGUUAGAGGGAGCAUUUACAACACAAUCUUGGGCUUUUAAAACUCUAGAAGAGUAGUCUAUAAGCUUAGAGUCCUUAGGUUGGGUGCAUGGAGUCUCUCUUUCUCUCUCUCUUUGGGAUUAUUUGGAUUCUGGGCCGUUGCCGUUCUCUUUCAAAUUGGCAGACCAUAGGUCUGUCUAUAUAUGCUUCUGACCCUACUACAACGUAGCAACCCAUCCCAUUUACAUCUCUCUUUGAUUCUGAGGUUUCAAGCUUCUAGGGAGCAUCAAUGGCGGCUUUUGUGGUGGUUUUCUGUGUGGUUUUGGGGCUCUGUAUCUGCACUUUCCUCUUGAGAUGGAAUGAGGUGAGGUACAGGAAGAAAGGCUUGCCUCCAGGAACAAUGGGUUGGCCCUUGUUUGGAGAGACCACAGAUUUCCUAAGGGAAGGCCCCAACUUCAUGAAAAACCAGAGAGCAAGGUAUGGAAGUUUUUUCAAAUCCCACAUAUUGGGGUGUCCUACAAUUGUUUCCAUGGAUCCAGUGCUCAACAGAUAUAUACUCUUGAAUGAAGGAAAAGGGCUUGUUCCAGGAUACCCAAGGUCCAUGUUGGAUAUCUUAGGGAAAUGCAACAUAGCAGCAGUGCAUGGCUCUGCUCACAAGAAAAUCAGAGGGGCAUUACUUAACAUCAUCAGCCCUACCAUGAUCAGAGACCAUCUUCUCCUAACAAUUGAUGAGUUUAUGAGAUCCCACCUCACCAACUGGGAUGGAAAAAUUAUUGAUAUCCAAGAAAAAACUAAAGAGAUGGCAUUGCUCUCAUCACUUAAGCAGAUUGCUGGUGUUGAAGCUGAUUUGGUUAGAGAAGCCUUCAAGCCAGAGUUCCAGAAGCUUGUACUAGGAACCAUUUCACUGCCUAUCAACCUUCCUGGGACAAAUUACCACAGUGGGUCUCAGGCCAGAAAAAAUAUCAUAAAACUGUGGGCAAAAAUGUUACAGAGAAGACGCAAUUCUCCUAAUAAUACCUAUAAAGACAUGCUUGGUUUCCUAAUGAAAUCUGAAGACCAUAACAAACUCAAUGAUGAAGAGAUAAUUGAUCAAAUAAUUGCAAUCCUGUAUUCUGGUUUUGAGACUGUCUCUACUACUUCAAUGAUGGCUGUCAAAUAUCUCCAUGACCAUCCAAGAGCACUUCAACAACUCAGGGAUGAACAUUUGGCUAUUAGAAAAGAUAAGUGGUCGUCAGAGGAUCCGAUCACUUGGAGUGACUAUAAAUCAAUGAGUUUCACUCGUGCGGUGAUACUUGAAACUUCAAGAUUGGCUACUGUUGUUAAUGGUGUGCUAAGGAAAACAACUCAAGAAAUGGAACUGAAUGGCUAUGUCAUUCCUAAAGGAUGGAGAAUAUAUGUGUACACAAGGGAGAUCAACUACGACCCCAUUUUAUAUCCAGAGCCUUUCACCUUCGAUCCCUGGAGAUGGAUGGCGGAUAAGAAAUUGGAGUCUCAUAACUACUUCUUGAUAUUUGGAGGUGGAGGCAGGCUAUGUCCAGGGAAAGAAUUGGGAAUUGUAGAAAUAUCUACAUUUCUUCACCACUUUGUCACUAGAUACAGAUGGGAAGAAGUUGGGGGAGAUAAGAUAAUUAAGUUUCCAAGAGUUGCAGCACCAAAUGGACUACAUAUAAGGGUUUCAAACUACUGACUCUCCAAUGGAUAUACAUAAAAAAAAGAAGUAUAUAGCAUAUUGAAGGAAUUUGAUGUACAAUAAUGGUUUUAAAAGGUCAAUAAAAUAAUUUAAUACUUUUCUUUUUUUCUGUAAA